CGCGGAGGUUGACUGUCGACGACUUGUGGCAGUCUCACUCUCGUAUCACAAUCACGAGCCCUCGCUCUGCCAUCCUACUUCGCAAGAGUGGCUCCGAAGCUACUCAGGCCAUCGACUGCUCCUUCCUUUCCCUUCUGAGCAGCCAAUCAGCUCGUCUCACUUCCACCUACCAACUGUCCACGCCAGGGAGCUUUGUCAUGCCUGUGUCAACGCAUUUCUCAAGUGCAAGAGGCCCGUCAUCGGUGGUAGAAGCAGCAAGCGCGAGAGCAGCACUCGGGAGUUCAUUUUAAGCUUGGUGCCUCCGGGUAAAAAGGCGAGGGAGCUUAAGGAGUUUAUUGCGCUGACUUGGAUGUCGUCUUCCGCCCCGAAGGUGGUGUUAUGGUAGUUGUCAUCCGAGAAGCAUUUAAGUUUUGUUGGAGAGAAGUCAAAAUAGAAGAAUUCUUCAGUCAGGUUCCGGCAGUGCAUGGGAAGCUGUGGCCACUUUCCAACCCACCGCACACCUUGCUCGUCAGUAUUUUCAGAACUGAUUCAGGGCCUUCUUCUUUUCCCUUUCUUCUUGCCUGAGCUGAAGAGAGUAUAGAUAGCUCGUCUCGAAGAGGAGCAGUGACACUUCUGUUCAGAUCUCUGAAGGAACUCUUGUGAAGGAGCGGAGCUAAUUUCUGUGAGUUCAUAGAGAAGAGCACAAUGGGCCAUUCAGGCAUCAUGGUGCUGAGUUCUCUCGUGCUCCUGCUGCCAUUCUUAAGUGUAGUACACGCAGAUUACUGCACGAACUCUUUGGCGAAGAAGACUUGCCCCAGCCUUGCCACUGUCGAUUCUCUCGACUUGUCAGCCUACUCCGGCACGUGGUACGAGAUCGGAAGCACUGCUAACUUCAAGAACACACUCGAGGCGGGAGGAACAUGUGCUGUUGCCAAGUACAGCUCGAGUGACAAGGAGAACGAGCUCAAGGUCGAGAACAGUCACUAUUUGUCUGCAAAGGCCGGGACUGUGGUUGCUGUAGGUGGAAUCUCCGGCUCAUGCUCUCUAGUCUGCCAGAGCGCGCGAGCUGUCUGCUCUCAGGUGAACAUUGGUGAUUCUCUUCUCAGGGAGGGCAUCUCUAAGGUGUGGAAGCUGAAAAACAGUAUCGAAGGAUCUUACUCCAGUGAGGCAGGCUCCGUGUCCUCUGCGAAUGCUAAGAUUGAAGCUGCCGCUAAUGAAAUUGCUCCCAAGGUCGACACUCUGGCAAAGUACGUGAGCCAGAUUCAGUCUUCCAACUCCAUUCUGAGUCAGACAGAUGGAAGCGCGGACGCUUCCUCAACUGUAGGAUCCAUGAAGGCCACUAUCACUUUGGCCUCUGAGCAAGUGAAGUCUUUGGACGCCUCGUUCAAGGUUAUGAGCGAUGCCCAGCUCGAGCUGAUCAAUGUAGCUGCAACCCUCUUCAAGAAGGGAGGCGAUGGUAUCGGGCCUUCGUUCACUCUCACUGACGCAGCUACUCAAGUUCUGGGAGGCCUGACCAGCAUCAAGGCCCAGGUCACAGCAAUGACGGCUGCCUUCGAAGUGUCCUCCAAAGCUGCUAGUGCUGUUCUUGAGGACAAGACCAAGGCCUACUACAACAUUUCCAAGGCAAUGGGCAAGGCUGUUCGCAAUGGUUCUUCCGGUGGCAAACUCAGUGUUUCAUUCGAUCCUGUAUCUGAGAAACUGUUCCCAGGAAAAUACUGGAUCUUGGCAGUGAACGGAGAGGGCAGCAAGUACAAUGCUGCUCUUGUUUACAGCUGCAUGGAGGUGCUCACGGGCGGGACUGAAGAGACUAUGUGGAUACUGUCCAGAAGUCCUGAGCUUGACGAUGCCACCACAAAUGCCUUGUUGUCUAAAGCCACCUCCAUGGGUGUCGACCAAGAUUGUAAUGCUCCAUUCGUUCGCACUGUUCGCACGUCUAAGUGCCCAGCUUAGAAUUGCUGUAUAUAGAAUAUACAUGCGGGAAGUGAAGAAUUUGUGAAAUUCUUUCAAUCUGUGUAACUGAGGCCCCUCUCUUAGCCAGAACUUGAAUAAUAAAUUAUAAAU